CGUCGUGUGUGUGCGUGUGUGUAUGUGUUUCGCAGGAUAUAUUCUCGCUCGCGCACGGAGUUUUUUCUCUGGUAAUUCGCAAUUCGUAUGUUCAGUAACAGGGGAAAAAUAUUAAAAAGUAGCUUUUCUCGUUGGGCUAGUAAAACAAGGGAAUCCGAUGGAACGAUUGAUUGUGAACUUGGAUAACUAUCAUGCUUGUUCAAGUGUUAUAUUCGAUCGUAAACCGUUGACUUUUUUUUCGGCACCUUCGACGCGUGUUCUCUCAUGCUAAUAGAAAUCGCUUUUUUUCUCCCUUUUUUCACUCGUGAAUAAACGAUAAUACGGAAAUAUAUACAUGUGUAUGUUGUGUGUGGUGCGCGUUGAAAAAAAAAAUCCAAGUGUGUAAACGAAGGAAAAUAAAGGGCGAGGGAAGCCAAGUGAAAGAAAACAUAAUAAAAGAGGGGAAAAAUUGUGAAAAAUAUUAAUAAGAGACGAAAAUUGACGAUGCUCUCGUCGCUAAACACAUAUGCCAGGUUCAUAAGCUCCUGCGGUGUCUCCUAAAAAACGGAGCACCUUUUUGAUAAGUGGUGUACGUUUCCUUUUUUGUUUUUGUUAACAUUUUUUUUAUCAUUUUUUCUUAUUCCCUCGUAAAUCGGCGCGCGAGAAUAGUUGAGUGAAUUCUUAGCGGAGCCUCAAAAUGGCAGAGAGCCAAGGAAAUUCGUCGAACCAAUUGAACCAAGGCUCUGGUCGCUCUUUCAAUUUCCAACGUUUGGAUUUUCGAUCCAACAAUGAUGUACAAGAAGAAAUAUCAGCUGAGAGUCGACGGCAGCUCAAGCUUAGCUUCCCAUCUCAAACCAGUAGAGUGUCGCUGUCUAAUUCGACUAGUACAACAAAUUCAACCAAUUCAACAAACUCUACCUACUCUAAUUCCAGUGGGGCAAGUGGACGUCCUUCAUUAGGCAGUUUACCACGGCCAAAUUGUACUCCACCUUCCGCAUCAGUAUCGCCCUUGCCUUUGCCACCAUUACCUCUGCCAAAGUUGAGCUCGAGACCCCGACCCACAACUCAACGUCAGACACAUUUUCCCGAUAAAGCUCGUGAUAAAUUGAGAAUGUGUCAGUCAAUGCAAUCAACUGGUAAAUUACAAUUAUCACCCGAUUGCGUUUAUGAUUUCACAAGCGAGGAUCUUCAGGAUCAGGGAGAAAUUGGCAGAGGUGGAUUUGGUACUGUAAAUAAGAUGAUUCAUAGGGUAAGCGAUACCUGCAUGGCUGUGAAGAGAAUUCGCUCAACCGUCGACGAGAGAGAGCAGAAUCAAUUAUUGAUGGACCUCGAAGUCGUUAUGAAAUCCAACGAGUGUCCAUGCAUUGUGCAAUUUUAUGGAGCUUUAUUUAAAGAGGGAGACUGUUGGAUCUGUAUGGAACUCAUGGAUACCUCGCUAGACAAGUUUUACAAGUUUAUUUACGAAAAAUUGAAUAAAAGGAUACCGGAGCAUAUUCUGGGCAAGAUAACAGUUGCAACAGUCAAGGCGCUGAAUUAUCUCAAGGAAGAAUUAAGGAUUAUUCAUCGGGAUGUCAAACCGAGUAAUAUUUUACUUGAUCGUCGUGGCAAUAUAAAACUCUGCGAUUUUGGUAUUUCCGGACAAUUGGUCGACUCGAUCGCCCGGACUCGUGAUGCUGGAUGCCGACCGUACAUGGCUCCUGAAAGAAUAGAUCCUCAACGAGCACGUGGCUAUGACGUCCGCAGCGACGUUUGGUCUCUGGGCAUAACGUUGAUGGAAGUAGCCACUGGUUAUUUCCCAUACCCAAAGUGGAAUUCCGUUUUCGAGCAGCUUUACCAAGUAGUGCAAGGCGAGCCCCCUCGUUUGUCUCCGAACGAGAAUGGCAACACGUUCACAAUGGAUUUCGUUAAUUUUGUUAAUACCUGUUUGAUCAAAGAAGAAACUCAGCGUCCAAAAUAUAACAAGCUUUUGGAACAUCCUUUCAUACGAAGAUCGGAAGAGGCGCAGAUCGACGUGGCCGCUUACAUCGGCGGGAUUCUCGACAAUAUGGAGCAGAAUGGGAUAACGCCUUUUACCACCAAUCAGCCUUAAAAUAAAGCAAGAAAAACUGAUCAAGCGAAAGAUGAGAGAUUUCGAUAAAUCCAAAACAGAAGGAAGAGAGAAAGUGAAAGAAAGAUACAGAUUAAGAUAGAAACCGUUCCUUUGUUACCGCGAUUAUUGCAAGGAAUCAUUUGAAGAGAAACCUCGUCGACUUACACGUAGAAACGAGGAAGAAAAAAAAACAGGGCUCUCCGAUUAAGGAGCAUAGUAAAUGAGAAUCGUUCGUUGCCUCUCGCACCUCCCCAAUUGAAUCGCCGUUCUCCUGCCCUCGUGUCUCAUUGCCCCAUUUUAUUCGACGAAACACGUCGUAAUCGUAAGCGAAUCUGAACCAACAAUAAAGUAGUAAAAACGAAUAUCGAGUAAUCUGCAAACCCGCUGUGCCCUACAAAUACGAUUUUGUUUCAUGGUCACGUAUUGAAAAUGAAAGGGAUAAAAAGAGUAAAGACGAAAAAAAGUGUGAAAUUCAAGUGAAAAAUGAGAAUUUUAUGGUGUCGGUUAUCGUGGCAGCUAAAACUCUUAUUUUCACUAACGUUACAAAUUCUCCAAAAUGUUCCAAUUCUCUUUGCAGAUUUACUUUCCGGGUUACACGAAUCGUCGCGUCAAACACGAUAUAAAUUCCGUUUCAUAUUAAUAUCAAAAAAAUGUUUUUCGAAAAUUUUUGUAUUUUUCAAACGUCCUCGCACUUCAACGAUAUUUGAAAUCGAAAAACCACAAAAAUACAUUGUAAAAACACACGUUUAUUGACAUUUUGUUCCAAUGAACAUUCGUUUCGACUUCAACGAUAUAAAUUUCGGUCCAUCGGUUACUUGAUUCCUCUUAUAAAUUCGAUCGCCAAUCAAGAUCACUGAGGAGACCGUCGCACCGCUGAAUAUUUCCUAUUUAGCAUUCUUUCCUCUUUCUCGAACCAACGUUCUCAAGCGUUCGAGGAAAAAUAAAUGAAAAAUUCCAAGUCCUUCAGAAUAGAAAUCUCUAGGUAUUUUCAACAGAACCAUUUUGUUUUUCUCAUAGUUCUCGCUGUAAAUGAUACGUGUCGUAUGAAAAGUCAACAAAAAGAAAAGAAAAAGUUAUUCGGCGCGAACUCGUGUUUCUCAAGGUGGUCAUGCCCUCGUCAAAGAUUAUGGACAACGGACAUUGGUCCAGAUACAAAAUGAUUGAGAUUAUUUUACGUCGGUGUGAGCUAAGUUUGAUGCAGAAAGCCCCGUCCGUGCUUUCAGCAAAUUGAUGCUACGACGAAGUUGCCUCGCGAGGCUCGAUUUCUCGAGAGACGGAAAUACACCAAUGAAUUCAUAUUCCCAUUUCGAUCGGGCAAUGAGUGAGCCUGUUCAAAGCCAUGAAGACAAUAACAGCUUCUCGAUUAAUCUCUCGCACUUUUUGAAAAACCGAGGCCACAAGCUCAGCGCCUUUGUGUACAUUUUGUAAUGCGAGGGAGAAAAGAAAAUGUCAUGAAAUCGCGGAUGAUUUUGUCGUGGCAAUCCGUUGAGAAGAAUAAACGAGAGCGAUGAAUCGAACAUUUGAAUAAAAUGGGUUUUUGCCUUGAGGACAAAUUCAAAUAUGCGCUCGCGGCUUUUGCUCAUUCCUUUUUUUCGGCCAAAUUCUUUUAGGACAAGCUUGAACCAACGUUAAAUGAAAUGAUGAUGAAAACAAAUACAAAUUGAAGAGGAAAAAAAACGAAAGAAAUACUAUGAUGUAAGAAAUAAUGAAAAAUAAUAAAAUAUCAAUUGCAAUAUGAGAUUGUAAAGGGAUCUCUAGCAAAAAAAAUUA